GGAAACGCAGGAUCACCACUCACUUCCCAACCUCCAGGAUGGCACUCAAUAUUGUAAUGGUGGUGAUGGUGGCGAUGGUGGUGGUGGCGGCGUCCAGUGCUGGCGUCCGAAGUCGCUACGCCAGGGAACUCCUGCCAUACGCUCCGGCGGGAUACGCCAAGCCUGUCUAUCCCAACGCCAUUCCCAUCUAUAACUUCGACUACAAGGUACAAGACGACUACACUGGCUCGCACUUCGGCCACGCGGAGGCCCGCGAAGGCUACAAGACCCAGGGUAAAUACUUCGUCCACCUCCCCGACGGUCGUAUCCAGACUGUCACUUACUACGCCGACGAGACGGGUUACCACCCCACCGUCACCUACGAGGGCGUCGCCAAGUACCCGGUUCACGCUGUCAAAGCCGCGGUUCCCCUCAAACCGGUUGGAUCCUACGGCGUUCCAAGCCCAGCAUAUUUCUAGAUGACGACCGGACUCCACAAAAGACGAAAUAUAUAAGUUUCUCAACAACCACAUUAAACAAUGUAUAGAAGUCACAACACAAUUACAACUUCAGUUCAUUAUAACUCGCUCUUGGUUCUUAUAUUUUUAAUUCCAGUUCUUCCCAAAGACUUUAUUAUAGAGACAGUUAUUGACACGUAUUAUUGCAGACAAAAAUUAUGCAAUUGAUAACAAAAAACUUUGUGAACUUUGCUGUACACAUUGAUGCUUGGCUUGCGCUAGACUCAAGCGUUGUUCACAGGAUUGGAUUAACAGGAAUAAACAUUGCGGCUGUACGACAGGAUCGAACCCGAGUCCCUAUAAUCACCUCAGACACAUGCACUAUCGACUGGACCUGACGUGAUCAGAGCCGCGAGUUCGAUCCUGUCAAACUACCUCAACGUUUAUUCAGAUAUUCACCACGUUAUUGUGAUUUGUAUUGGAUAAACUUUUCCAGGUACCAAACAGGCUUGUGGGCACCUAUUUAGGGUACGAUUGUAAAAUAAAUGCAUACACCUUCUAAA